AUGACGCCGGCGUCACGUGAUGACGUCAUUGAUGUGCGCCCGGACGCCGGCCGAACCCACGUGGGAGACAGACUGUGCUGAGAGGGAGGAAUUAGUGUUUUGGUGUAGGGUAAGUUGAUUAUCAAUUUGUAUUUUACUAUAUAUGUUCAGUAUGAUUAUGUGUGUAUUAAUCCUGAUGAAAGUCUGGUAUUAACAGACUGAAACGUUGAUUUUUGGACUAAGCUAUUAAAAGUUAAGUUUUAUUUUUCUUACAUAGUCCUGUGAGUGCUAUCCUAUUUGUCUUUCCAUAUACACACACUGAUACACUUGCAGAUAUAUAGACAUACAAAUGCACACUGACACACACAAAGAUACACAGACACACAUCUACACACAUGAAGAUACACAGACACAAAUCUACACACACAUAGGUACACACAUGCAGAUACAUAGACACACAGUCACACACAGAUACUGACACACAUGCAGUUACACAGACACAAACACUGACACAAAUACACAGAUACAAGCACAUGUACAAAUACAAACAGACACACAGUCGCACAUAGAUGCACAGAUACAAACACACAUACAGAUACAAACACACAAACAAAUACAGACAUACAGAUACACAGAUACCCAUGCAGAUAGACAGGUACACAGUGUGUGUGCUUUUAUAGUGGAUGUACUGUGUGUAGAGGAUGCAGUGUCUGUGUGUAGUGCACGUGUUUGUGUAGUGCAUGUAGUGUGCGUAUUUGUGUAGGGCAUGUAGUGUGAAUUUUUGUGUAGCAGAUGCAGUGUGUUUGUCUAGUGGAUGCAGUGCAUGCUUGUGUAGUGCAUGUAGUGUGUGUGUAGUGGAUACAGUGUGUGUUUGUCUAGUAGACUGUUGUGUGGGAUAAGUACUGGGAAAAGCAGAUUUUUAAUUAGUUGGGCUUAUUCCCCCCUUCCCUCCACAGGCAAGAGGGAAGGGGGAAUAAGCCUAACUAAUUAAAAAAAACUGCACCCCCUUCCCCCAGUACUUAUCCCACACAACAAACACACACAGUACAUGCACUACACAAACAGACACUGCAUACAAAACACACUACAUGCACUACACUCACACUGCAUCCACACACACACAUCACACUAUUUCCCUCCUCCCUGCCUCCUACCUGUGGCCAGAAAGGGCCACAGGUAGGUGAUCCGGUGACUAUAUAAGGAACCCAGAAGUCAUCUUGCACCCUCCAGCAGCAGCAUGCCCUUUCCUCUCGCGAGCCAUGAUAGCAUUGCACACUCCAGCAUGCAUUGCGUGCCGCGCGGAGAGUUGCCACAGCAACCCGCGGCAACGCUCUUGUGGUUUGAGACAGGAAAAGACAUGCUGCUGCUGGAGGGUGCAAGAUGACUUCUGGGUCCCUCUUCACCAUGCAAGAAUACACAACGGCAGCAUUUUGCUGCCCCUGUGUCUUCUUGCAUGAUGAAGAGGGGCCCAGGGGUCAACAUACUGCCCCGGGUACCCACCUAAUCGGUGGCACCCUGGGUGGACCCCCCCCCCACGCCCUCUCCUUAGUACAACACUGCCCCCCAGCACUUAUCUAAUACAUGCACUACACAGGCACUACUACAUGCACAUACAUUACAUCCACUACACAGACACUGCAUGCACUAGACAUACUCCAUACACCACACAAACACUAGUUACACUACACAAACACAGACACUGCAUCCACUACACACACACACACACAAUGUAUUUAAUACACACACUGCAUACAAUACAAAUGACAUCCACGACAUUGAAGAAGGGAGGAGAAAAGACAUGAAAGGGAUGGGAACAGAGACAUGGAUAGUGGGGUGGGGGGCAAAAAGACAUGGAGUCUUCAAUCCAUGGGGUAGAUGUGAGCUGAACGGACAGUUAAGGUGUGACACAUUACCUACCUGGCUGAGACUGAUGUUUGCAGAGGGAUUAAGGGAGCAUGUGUAUAUAUACACACAUACAUACAUGUUUUAUAACUGCCCGCUACUUUUGUCCCUGGCCCACCAUUUUCCCCUCCAAAAAAAUGAAUCCUAGGGAAGCCACUGGGGUGGAACAUGGGCGGAGCCUGACUUGUUCAGCUAGGUGACUGAAGGUGUUUUAACCUUUUCAGCGCUGUGGGACAGGGGGAGCAAGGGAGGGGGAUACUGUAGGAGCCUAUAGUGCCAGGAAAACUGCUUUGUUUUCCUGGCACAAUAGAUUCCCUUUAACCCCUUAAGGACACAUGACGUGGGACAUGUCAUGAUUCCCUUUUAUUCCAGAAGUUUUGGUUUAAAAUAACUCCACGUGUCCUAUAAAAAAUGGAUACAAUAAUUGAUGCAAUUACGUCAAAAAUUGUUUUUUUUUGUGAUACAUAGAAAUAAGGAGUGAUCUGCGCACACAAGUUAUUUACCUUAUAAACAUAUCACUUGGAAAUAACAAAAAUGUAUAAUUUCCUGUAGGAAAUGAGCAUUAAAAAAAAGUGGGUGUUAUUACAUUGAAAAUCGGAACACUCACAAUUUUCAGAGCCUAUUAAAAGUUGGCUCUGGACUUAGGUAGCAUGUUAUCUCCUCUUAGAGAUUCAGGUUGGAUUCCUCAAUAGCGGAACUUCCAGAGAUUCAGUGCGGUUAAAAACAACAACUUCGAGAUCUAAGGUGAGUAUAGGUAAACACACUAUUUAUUAACACAUAUAGUAUGAAGUAAUAAAAACAGUAGCACCAUUAAAAUAAAACAAAGAGUGUUUAAAUCAAUAAGCAGUUGUUCUCAACAUAAUUGCCUACAUGACUUCAUUUUUUGUCAUGUAAGCGGUACUGCCAAACUGGAACUACCUCUAACCUGAUUAUUUAUAUGAAAACAUGCCCUAUGGAAGCAUGAUACAGUAUUAUGUUCAAAAGAUUCUUAAUUAGGUUUUCACAAUUUUUUUUCAUUCACAGGAAAUCAAUGGAUUUCAAUAGAGCAGCUUUUGUGACUAAAGGGAUGACAAACUUUCCAGGUUAAUUUCAUCUUUGGUCCGUUGAUUAUUUAUUGUUUGUAAACCGAUACUGCCUACCUCUAAAGGAAGCAGAGGCAAAGGUGCUGUACAAGUUACCAGAUAUAUUCCAUUACUUUUUUCACGAGUAUUUAUUAAAUAUUUAUAAGGUCAUGGCGAUACUGCUGCUAUGUGAGAUGAUCCUAAGCCUUUUCUGAAUUAUUUAUUUCUUGCAGGGACAAAUGAAGUCAGACAACAGGUGUAGUGCGCGUAUACACAUACCUGGGAUUAUACAUAAAAAACAAAAUUGGUACGAAGUGAACAGAACCCUCUCUUCUAUGGAGGAACUUCAGAGAAAGUUAGACCAAAGAUAUGAAGAAAGACCAAGGAAGGUGAGAUUUAAAAUAUCUUCUGCGUACAGUGGUCGGGUUCUGAAACAGGUCUUUGAAGAUGGCCAUGAGCUGGAGUUACCUGAGGAGGAAUAUCCACAUAGUUUUCUACAUGACACUUUUGAGGCAUCAGAACAUUACUACAGCGAAGGAGAGGUCCAUCCUCGGUUCUAUCCCACCACUCGUCUGACGGCACAGAGGAUCAGUGUUUUCAGAGAUGGCACUUCUUACAGAUUAGCUAGUGACCCAUUAUUCUCAGAAUGCCAUGGGUUUGACAAAAAAGUAAGUAAAAUUCAUUCUAAAUGCAACCAAUGAUGUAUUAUUUGUAAAAAAAAAUAAAAAAAUAAUAAUAAUAAAAAAACUAAGGUAAUAACUAACUCUAUAGCAAAUAUUUUUUAGACUUCACAAAUAUUAAUUCAAACAGAUUUAUCUAUAAAAUGUUUUGUUGUAUUACUGGAGAAAUUAUUGAUUUAAAAAUAUUCCCUGAGUGUUUCCUGUGCUAACUUUAGCAUCAUCAGAUGAGGAGCUGAAAGAGGAGUAGGUUCACACUGGCUGGUAAAAUGCAACAUGUGAACAGAAAUUCUUAAAUAUUUUGAAAUGUAACAAUAGAUCUUUUACUGAGUGAUUCUGAUUUAAAAUAUUGGGUUAAUAAUAGAAAAUAAAUUACCUAUAUGCCAGACUGAGAUAAAGACGAAGGGAAGAUCACAAGUGAGUGGGACAAGGUAAGGAAAGGGACAGUGUUUACAAGGAACAGAGAGAGAAGACAAGUCUGUGCAUGCCUACCAGUGGAAACCUGGGGUAACAAAUAUAGCCCCAGUAAUGACCUGGAGUUUAAUAUAGCACAGAACACUCUUAGACAGGAGGUCCAAAAGGGGAAGGCCGGGCAACUAUAAUCUCCAGGUAUUAUAGAUGGUUUAGGAAACGCAUAAUGGUAAAAUUAUGUAAUAGGAUAUUUAGAGAAGCCUAUGGUGACCUAUUGCAAUAAGCUCCACAACGUAAACAAAGAUAAGUAACAAAAGAAAGUAAAACAUGGGCACAUUCUGAGAAAAUCACAUGCUGCAGAAAAUCCCAGAAGAUGCAAGUUGUGACUGAUCAAGAGGUGAAUUAGAUGUCUGAAGUGCUUCUCUCAGGCCACUGCUAGUUAAGUCCAUGCCUGGCUGAAGAGCAAUCUACUGGGAACUACUAGUCCAGUUGACUGUUUGGCUUGUGUAUAUAUAUAUAUAUACACAUACAUAUAAACCCAACAUUUCAACAUUUAGUGGCUGUCCUCUAACCAGCAAUCAUUUUUUCCCAAUUAAUCAUCCCUCUUUUUGGUGUUAUGGGUGAAACUCAGAAUCCCGAAGCAAAUGAACAUGCUCGUCAAUCGCACUUGUCACUGUCAUUUUCUCAGUUAUAUGUGCAUAUGGUGCUUCAGAGGCAAGAAAUUCUCAAGAACUGCAAUUCAGCCAAAAGCGAGUGAACAAAUCUAACUAUUAGACAUAAUUCAUAUUGUUAUACAUUUUAUUUUGACACCCCUAGUGGCUGUAUGUGGCAAUACUGAGUUUGUUGAGAAUAAAAUAUAGGUUUGUGAUAUUAAAGCAGAAUUUCUCAAAAAGUAAUAAUUCCUUGUUCCUUCUCCCCAGUAAUUCUAUUUCAAAAGGUUAUUUGGGUGUAUAAAGAAGUGUAGGUAGACAGCUGGACAAAAGUGGUAAGUGGCAUCCAUCAGGGUUCGAUGUUGGGACCUCUUCUAUUUAACAUAUUUAUAAAUUAUCUUGAAAUAGGCAUUGGAAGCCAUAUUUUAGGGUUUGCAGAUGACACAAAACUUUGUAAAGUAAUAAAAUGUGAGCAGGAUAUUGCUAUGCUGCAGAGGGAUUUAGAUAGAUUGGGGCACUGGGCAGUACAAUGGCAGAUGAAAUUUAAUGUACAGAAAUGCAAAGUUAUGCACUUCAGGAUCAAGAAUACAAAAGCAACUUACACCCUAAAUGGUAGUGAAUUAGGGAUAACAAGACACGAGAAGGAUUUGGGAAUUGUUAUAGACAACAAAUUAGGCAGCAAUAUGCAAUGUCAAUCUGCCAUUGCUAAGGCCAGUAAGGUUUUGUCAUGUAUAAAUAGGGGCAUAAAUUCUCAGGACGAAAAUAGAUUUUGCCUCUUUAUAAAUCGCUGGUAAGACCACACCUUGAAUAUGUGUGCAAUUUUGGGCACCAGUUCUAAAGAAGGAUAUCACAGCACUAGAAAAAAUGCAGAGAUGAGCUACAAAAUUGAUAAAAGGAAUGGAGCAUUCUAGUUACGAAGAAAGGUUAAAAAUUUUAAUCUCUUUAGUUCGGAAAAAACGGCGCCUCAAAAGGGAUAUGAUCACAUUAUACAAAUAUAUUCGGUACAAACCAUUAUCUGGAAAUCUAUUCAUAAACACGGCUGUGACAGAUCCGUCUGCCUAAGUACUACCUGCUGGUUCAUCUAUUUUGUUAUACAGUGGUGGAAUUACCUGCCCGUACAUCCCUGUUUGUUUAUUUCAGUUUAUACUGAAUAAAACUACCGAACGUCCGGCCACCCAGAAGAGAAGUGUGCUGCUGGUUAACCUAUUGGCCUCAAUUAGAACGUUGUGGUUAACCGCAGACACCUCUUAAUUGGAACCGUAUGCUGGGUGGUCGUCGUUCGUAUGUCGACCACGAGGCAGCGGCCAUUUUAAACACACGAAUGAACAGUGAUGUUCAACUAUGAACUUAUGGAACUCAAACCGGACACUUUUUCUACCAAACAUCGCUGAAACCGCCGAUCGCUCUUCUUAUCAUUAGGCAUACGAACGCCGGUCCGUUUGGGACUUUUUAUUGUACGAAUGGACUUAACCCAGAUAGCCAUCCCAUAACAUAAAGGGAUAUAACAUAAAGGGAUAUAAUUUCUAAUUAGAGAUAUCUGACUGCCAUUUUGGGGUCAAGAAAUAAUUUUUCCUACUCUGUUGCAAAAUUGGAAGUGAUUUAGACUGGGAUUUUUGCCUUCUUUUGGAUCAACAGCAAAAACAAAUGUGAGGAAGGCUGGACUUGGACGCAAGUCUCUUUUCAGCUAUGUAACUAUAUGAAACACAAAGGAAUGGGGUAGGGAAAGUAUGUGGAACCCACUAACACUCAUACUUACCCAGGGUUAUGCCCCUGAAUAUCUCCUGUAACCUUCUAUGAGGCAUUAGUGCUGGUUAGCCCAACACUAUAGCCUCUUCCUCUUCUUCAUAAACUAUGUAACUAUGUAGGUAAGUAAAAAAAAACUUACCUCUGAAGGACCUCCACAUUCUGGAUAGCCUUAUAGCCUCAGGUGUGCUCAGUUUGGACAUCUAUGCAGAAUUUCUGUACCAGUGCAUUUGUGAUCAGAGAUUUCUCUAGCAUGCAGUGAUGUAAACAUGCAUACGGAUGUCAAUAUCUCAUAUGCUGUAAUUGGUGUACAUGUAACUCACAAUAAAAAAAAAAAUUAUAAAGAAUAUUAAAGAAAUUUACACACUAAUAUUUCAUUUUUACUUACCUAUUUGGUUGUGCUAAAUUUUGAAGUGAAAUUUCCUCUUUAAAGGAACACUUCAAGCAUGAGAACCAGUGGCGUACACAUAACCCAUGGGGCCCCGGUACGAAACUAAUCCAUAGCCCCAUUCCUCCCCCCUUGACAGACACACACACACAUACAUACAGAGAAACACACACACAGACACAGAUACAUACAUACACACAAUACAUACAUACAAAGACACAUUCAGACAGACACACACACACAUACAGACACACACACACAUACAAAGACACAUACAUACAAAAAACAGACAGGCACACACACAUACAGACAGACACAGACAGAGAGACAGACACACACUUGACAAACAUACAUACAAAGACACAUACAGACAGGCACACAUACAGACAAGGCACACAUACAUACAAACAGACAGACAGGAACACAUACUCACAUACAGACACACACACAAGACACACAAACAUACAGACACAUACAUAUAUAAAAACAGACAGGCACACACAUACAGACACACACAAGACACACAUACAUACAUACAGACAGAUAGACCCACACACGCACUAUUUCAUUCAUAUAAUCAUGGGAGUUGUAGUUCAGCAACAUCUGGAGGGCCUUGGAAAAGCCUGCUCUAGAGCAAAGCAGUACCGAUAUUACCCAGUAAUUGGGUAGUGCUCUCACCCAAUGAUCGUGAUCCUCCAUGGGUCCUGCUUUGCUUUAAAGUGACAUCCAAAUUACUCUACUGGAGAAUACUGGAUCAGGCGCAGGUGCUCAAGUAAGUUGUUAAAAUGUGCUAAAGGCUGUAGUGGUUGUUGUGCUUGGAGUGUCCCUUCAACUCAAUUCAUUCAUUGGUGAAUAACCUUGUUGUGAUGUUUUGUACAAAUCAGCCAAUAAUUCCUGUAUAACGAAGUACUCACUUUAUUAAUACAUACAUAGCAGGAUCUUCAUAUUGCAGCCUUGUUACACUGGUACACAGCCCAACAGUCCAUACUUGUUACUUUCCAAUUUUAGGCUAAAACAAUUUAUUAAAAUAAAAAUAAUCCAUGUCAGGUGUGUAUUCGGUAUUGCUAUUUUGGUCUCAGAUUUGAAAUUAGAUUUAAAUUCCUAAAAUGUAAUACAUUAGUGAAUAACUCUAACAUUAUUUGAGCACUGGGAGGGUUUGCAGUGGUGUAAACAACAUUUUGUUUGCUACCAACUGAUAAAUGCACAGUACAGUUUUUAUAGUUUUUUUGUAUAAACAAUUUUUAAAAUAUAUUCAUUUGUGUUAUUGUGUUUUAUAGACAUCUAACGUGAUCGAUUUUGGCAAGAUAAUAAUUUACACUAAUAAUUUAAAGAUUAUCCGAACUCCAGUAAGCAGAAUAGGAGAUAUCUCUGAAAAUCAAAGAUGCUAUCAGAAAGAAGAAAGCCAAACGAUCAAAAGAAAUAUAUUGUUGACACCAGAGGAGGGACAUGAAAAUCCUCAAACCCAUAGGGAAGAUAUAAAGGUAAGUCAUAUAAAUGUUUUAAUACACUCCUCACUACAUUAAUGAUAAUGAAGACUUGUAGUGUUCACAUUAAACUAGUUUUAUGCUUUGAGUUACACAAAACAAAUAAUUCAGACUUUUUAAUUACGAUAAUAAGUGUGAUUGCGUCCAACACACUAAAAUCUGUUCUUCUAUUAAACAAUACCAAUUAAGCAACAUUUACAGCACAUUUUGUUUUCUAAACAAUGUUGUAUAUUAUUAAGGAUAACAUUUUGAUACUUAGAAAGAAAGAAAAAUAAUUUUAAUGUUAAGCUAUAAUACUACUUUGUUCCCAAUGUGACAUUUCAAAUUUACAACUACAUUAUUUAAUUUCUAGGAGAAUAAGGGAUGGUAGAUUUCUAGCACUUGUAGAAAGAUAAAGAUAAAGAAGGCAGAUUAGACAACCCAUACUGGAGUCUCUCUUUUCCGGUCAGAGACUUGUCUGGUCUCCGGCCUGCCUCUCCUCCGGCAGGUACCCUUUGCAGCACAAGCACUAUGUCCCCCACACUGCUCCAUGAUCCGCUCAGGGUGUCAGAAACCUGGGGGAUCCAUGGUGGGAAAUGCAGGAGCAUUGUGGGAACAACUGGUUGGAGGCAAACAUGGACAUAGUGCCCUGCCCACAAAGGGGGCGUGGGCACCUUUACUCACUAGAAGGACCUUCUACCUAUAUAGGCCCAGAGACACCUCCUUGUGGGAGGGUUCCUAUUUCCUCUCCCCUAUUUAAACUCGGACCACCCUGGGUUAUUUGCUCAGCAGUCUUGUGAACUCCCUACAAGCCUACUCUGCCUUGGCUAACCUUUGCCUGCCUGCCCAAAGCUAUCUUGGUUGAACCUGGCCUUGUUAACCCUUGCCUGCAUGAACCUGCCUUAUUUAACUCGUGCCUGCCUGAACCAGCUGUGGUUAACUCUUGCCUGCCUGAACCUAUUUUGGUUAAUGCUGGUCUGCCUGAUCCUUUGUGAAUUACUAAGCCCAUUCACCCCAAACCACACAUUUCCAAUUACUUUGCAUCUUUUAUAGUUACAGUGAGCACUAUAACUAAUUUCUGCUUUUAUUCACAUGCUACCACAGUGAAGAUCCUAUCCACCAGUAUAUACAAGAGUUGGGAUUAUACCACCUCACACUAUUUACUGGGAGCUAUCAAAAGGCACCAUUAAAUGUGAGUGAGUGAAAUUAUAUAUAUAUAUAUAUAUAUAUAUAUAUGGUAUAGAGAUAUUAGUUAGCUUUACAUCUGUUCGCCUGGGCCUAAGUAUAUGUGGUGUGUCUCUUGAUCCAAUAGGAAGUAAUCCAGAGCAUUUGUAAAAUAAACAGAAUGGAAUAUAUACUUAUCCAGUCUACAACAGCAAAUAUAAUACACUAUAUUGGUCUCCAUUCUGUUUAUUUUACAUAUGCUCUGGAUCACUUCUUAUUGGAUCAAGAGACACACUACAUAUCCAGACACACUACAUAUCCUUAGGCCCAAGCGAACAGAUGUAGAGCUAACUAAUGUCUCUAUACCCUGUAAAUGUAUCUCUUUUUGUUUCUCCAAUAUCAUAGAUACUACAUAUAUAUUCUUACUAUUGUGCCAUUCUCUCAUUUCAUAUUUGUCUCCAUUUGGGGAUUUCUUCCAAGAAGCUACGGCGUCCUUUAUGUGCAAACAUAAUUUCAUUUUAGAACACAUCAGUUGUUAUACUUUAUUUAUUCAUCUGUGAGUUGCGUCCUUGUUUAAAGAGCAAAGGCUCAAAAGAUGAACACAAAAUUCUAAUUAAAGGCAUAAUCCAGUUGUGAUGACAAGCCAAAUUACCCAGAUUAUUUAGCAGUGGGAUUAGAGAGAGGAGAUUAUGUAUGUCAGUAACCGGUGACCUUGGCAUCACAAGUGUCUUAUCCUCACUUGGCCUAAGCACAUUGGAAAACAGGCACUCAACACAAGCAAGUGACUGGCUCUCGUUGGCUACUGUGACUUUUAAAUAUCAUUCAGGUGAUAAAUUCAUGGAGAUGGGGUGGUUCUAAACAUUAAGGGGACAUUUAGCAUUCUGUUCUAAAAAAAAAUUUAAAGUAUUCAAAAAGGGGCAACUACCAUGGAAACUAGUAGAACUAGCAUGUACAUUUCAUUGGUGACUCCUUAUCUUUUUUUUUAUUUGUAUAAUUCUUUAUUUUUAUUGUGCAUGUGUGAACAAAGAAGCUUGAUAAGCCACAACAGUUAUGGCAAUCAUAGUGAAAACAGGCAAAAGAUAUUAUUAGCAUGGCAUUAAAAGAAAUUUCAAACUGCACAUUUUUUGUUGUUGUUGCUGUAAAUAAAAUAAAACAACAGUAAAGAAUAUAAGUUAGGUAUUACAGCGAGGCUGAGAUGAGGUGAAGGAUGUAUGGUGCUUUUGCCAAUUGACCCUUUAAGCCUAUUAGUGUUCCUUGUAUUACAAGCCUCAAGUACCUGAUUAAAAUUAGGUAAAGGUAAAAGGUAAACAUAGUAAAAUCACGAUGAGAAACCAAAGAUAAUAACUGUAACAUUUCACAUAUAGGCAAUCGGGUGUAGGAGUAGAGCCUGUAGUAACUUAUGUGGGAGAUGAAUAUGAGAGAAGGCCAACUUUUUAAAUGUUAAUAACCGGCUCUUGCUUGCGUGACCCCUAACCAAGGAGGCCUCGGAGGGGGGGGAGGGUUGGGGGGGCGUUAAGGAGUUGUGAUUUGACACACCCUUCUAAGUGAGCAGGGCCUUGGCUGUCUAGGCCUCGGGGGGAGUAGCCCUCCGGACUAACCAUAACGCCAAAAGAUUGCUUUGGUAAACACAAACUUGGUAAACUUCGCCAGCUGAAACGCAUAACCUAAAAAAAUAAAUAAAAAAAAACAGUUUUCACCACUAAUAAUAGUUAAGCAAUCCUGUGGGGCUUUCAGCCGCAGUGUCCGUGGUCUUAGUCAGGUCUCUGGUCGAGGAGUCAGUUGCCAUUGAGGUGUAAAGGGGACUACGGUGGUCGCGUUGUCGGUGUCCAGAGGCCUUUGCAGGUACUGCCAGACCAGAGUGCUGAGCAGGGUGAAAGCUUCUUCUUUGGUGGAUAUUUAUGUGUAGUCUCGUUGCGAUUCACCAGAAGGGAUCUCGAUGAUGUCCACCUGUAUGUCACUCCUGCCGUUCUCAAGAUUGUUGUUACUGGGCUUAGUGAUUUCUGCCAGUGCAGAGUAGGUUGUGAGAGGUCUUGGAAAAACGUGAGGGCAGCUCCUUCAAAAGAGUAGGGUGUCAGAAGUGAUUUUUUGUCGCUUGAGAGGGGACGACUUUGGGAGACGAAAGAUUCCAUCAAAGGAAAGUUUCUUGGCUUGGGUUGGGGGCAAUAGAGUUGUUACUAGGUGUCUGAUGUAGUGUGGGAGUUCUUCGAUUGGUAUUGCAUCUGGCACUCCCUGUAUCUUUUUAGGUUAUUACUUCUGGUGCGAUCAUCUAGCGCAGCUAAUUGUAUGGCAAAAGCAUGGUGGGUAUUGUGAACAGAGUGUAGUGAGUCUCUCAGUACAGUAAUGUCUUGCCUUAUGUCUGUAAUGUCCUCCUUCGUGUCACGGACUCUGUCUGUGGUCAUCUGCACCUCAGCCCUAACCAACUCCACAUCAGCUGCCAAAAGCUUCUUUAUAUUGGUCAGUAGAUCCUUGAUGUCCUGCUUGGUGACCAAAGUAGACAUGUCUGAACAGCCUGGGGCAGGUAAGGCCGAUGUCUGUGGAGAAGGCUGCAGUGGAGGGUCACCAUGAUUGGUAGGUGGCUGUUCAACAUGGGCUUCACUCUCCUCCGCAGCCGCCAUCUUGGAUUAGGCCUGUUGCUGAAGCAUGGUCCCAAUAUCCCUCGAUUCUUGAGGUGUGCCCGGCGGUGGUUUCUGGGAUCUCCUCCCCAUGUUUGUGUGCAGGUCUGCUGCUUUGGGAUCAGUGGCUAGGUCUUGGUCCGGUGCAAUCAGAGGUGAGACAGGCCUCAGGAGAUUGUACAGGCUCAGGUGAGCGCAGGGGCGUACCUAGAGCAUUUGGCACCUGGGGCGGAUCCUGUGCUUGGCACCCCCAAAAAAAAAAAAACGCUGUCAGCCCCUCCUACAAAACCCUUGUCCUGCCUCGCCCCUCCUACAAAACCUCUGUCCUGCCCUUUCUACAAAUCCUGUACUGCCCCGUCUACAAAACCCCCGCAACCCCCUUCCACAAAUCCCCUGCUUAUCCCACUUAUAAAGACUCCUGUCCCAAUACAAACCCCCCACCCCCUUCUACAAAAUCCCUGCAGCCCCACACACACAUUUACAGGCAGACAGUCACACACUCAGUUACAGGCAGACAGUCACACCCAGUUACAGGCAGACAGUCACACCCAGUUACAGGCACUAUCAUGGGGCACUGUGCGGCCACAGCUCACACAGCCCCCUCCACCCAGGGCCGGUGCAAGGAUUUUUGCCGCCCUAGGCAAAAGUAAAGUUUGCCCCCCAUGUGACAUCACAAUGCCCCACCCAUAUGAUUUGCCAUGUUAACCAACGCCAGUGCUGCAGUGCCACUGCAGGGACAGGCUAUAGACACCAGAACCACUACAUUAAGCUGCAGUGGUUUCUUUAAUGUGAGGUAAAUUAGAGCUUAGUGCCACGAAUAAUAUACUAGAUUGCCUACUUACAACCAGAUGAGGAUGAUGAUGGGCUCUAGCUGCAGUCUGGCUCCACUGGUCUGGUGUAGAACAGGCUCUCUGGAGGCAAUUUGUAACUGUGGUCACAAAAAUGUUCUGGGAGAACGGGAAGCAGCUCCAUUUUUUGGGGGCCCUUUACACAGCUCAAGGUCUGGGUCCCAGGGUCCACCUUCAUGUUCCACCAAUGAGUUUGUUCACAGGAGGUGGAGUGUGUAGGGGAUGUCCUGAUAUGUGUGUAAGGAAUGCAUUGUGUGAAAUUGUGUUUGUAUGUGUAAGGGCUGCAAGGUGUGUUUCUGUGUAUGUACGGGAUGCAUUGAAUGUGUGUAAGGGGUGCAUUGAGUGUGUGUAAUGAACGCAUUGUGUGUUUCUGUGUGUGAAAGGGAUGCAUUGUGUGUAACGGUUGCAUUGCUUGUGUAUGUGUGUCUGUGUGUGUAAUGCAUUGUGUGUUUUUCUGUGUGCAAGGGGUGCAUUGUGUGUAUGUGUGUGUGAUGAAUGUCAUUCUCCCCCCCACCUCCUCCUAAUUUCUUUCUCCCCCCCCACCUCCUCCUAAUUUCUUUCUCCCCCCCAACUCCUCCUAAUUUCUUUCUCCCCUCCCUCCUACCACUGUUGUAGCGUGGCCGAGCGCUCUAUGGUCCGCACAACAGGAAGCUUUUGUUUCCUGUACCCGGCCAAACUAACAGGAAGUGAACACUGAGUGUGCACUUCAUGUUAGUCCGGCCGGGUACAGGAGACAGAUGCUCCCUGUACCUGCGGACCAAUAGAGGGCUCGGCCACGCUACAACAGUGGGAGUGACAGGAGGGAGCGCUGAGCGCUUCCCUCCUGUCAGCCCCUCUCCUCAGGCUGCGCCCGGGCGGUGCGGUCCGCCCUCAUGGACACACCGCCUGGGCAAAGCUGCAGCCGCCUGAGGCUCUCUACAGAGCGCUCGGGCGGCUGCAGCAUGGGGGGGCUGGUGCCCCCUCCCAAGGCACCCCCCACCCUGGUGGCACCCGGGGCAGACCGCCCCCUCCGCCCCCCCCUUAGAAACGCCACUGGGUGUGCGCGAGGUUGGUAGGCCGCAGGCCUCCUCAUCUGUCUUUUCUGCCUGGGACGCUGAAAGAACGGAUGUAUUGUGCCGUACUCUGUCCGGAGUUGAGUGCUAAAGGGUAUGCUGCUGGAUGAGUAAGUGUUCACAGGUUUUAGCAGAUUGAGCAGCGAAUCUCCGGAGCUAGGGAAAAUGGCGUCUGCUCACUUCUGCGGUUAAGCCCCGCCCCCGGUGACUCCUUAUCUUUUAAAUGUCUGCACCACUUUUUAGGAUAUAACACUUUGAUAAAUUUCCCAAUAUUUCCAAUAUACUUUGGUGGGCUAACUAACACACUAAUGCACAGCAGACACAUAAACACACAUAGUAACAGAGUUAUUAAUUAAACGGACACUAUAGACACCAAAACUUUAGCUUAAUUAAUUAGUUUUGGUGUAUAGAUCAUGCCCCUGCAAUAUCACUGCUCAAUUCUCUGCCAUUUAAGAGUUUAAGGGAAACUGUAGGCCCUGUAUCUGCUUUAUCUCAUUAAAUGUGUAAUAGUGUCUGGAGUCACUAGUGCAACUAUUUAAUUCAGUAUUAAACAUUUUCUCAUGUUGUUAUGUUUUAAUGCUAAAUGACAGCCCCAAGCAGUCCAUUCCCUCUGCGUUGAUUGUGCUAAUGAGGAAGUAUUAGCCUGAGAAGUAAUGGGAAGUUGCGAUUGGCUGCAAGUGUCAGCUGUGUUCAACCUAUCAGAGCUCCAACUGAUGGUAUGAAGGGUAUGACUACGAGGAAGUGUGUAAUCUCUGACUUAGCCACACUUCCAGAAUGGGAUGGACUGUGGUUGGCCAGGGACCCUUGUUUAGUUUAAAACUACUCUAAAUGAAUGUAUAGACACUGCCAGGAGCAUCCUGUGUAUGAUUUAAGUUCAAUUUACAGAGCAGGAGAUAAAAACUUUUAAAGUAAGUAACAUCUGAAUGAAAGUGAAACCAUCUUUUUUUAAUGGAGGGUGUGUCAGAAUGAAUUCCUAAAUUGCAGCGAAUUGAGCAGUGAAACUUCAGAGUCGUAAUAUAUAUAUAUAGAUUAUGGUAUUUUGGAGAGAUUGAUCCCAAGCUGUGAGAUAAUACACACUUAGGGUCAUACAUGGUAGUAGUAAGACUCUGGAGAUAUUGUUCCCAAUGUGCUGAGGUGAGCAGUUCCCUUAAGUGAUAUAUAGUUCAGGUAUUCCUGCAAUUUAUUAUAUUAACAGCUCAAUCAGGCUGCUAUAUAUUGCUAGGAUGAAAGCAGAAGGCAGUGAUAUUCUGUUAGAGAAACUUGAAUGCAAAUUAUGAAUCUGGAGUCCUUGAGCAUAGUAUAAGUUUGAUUUGGCUAGUGAGGAUUGAUAAUGUUAUCUUGUUCUCCAACAUUACAAGCUAUGGAGAGGUAAUAUGACUAAUGUAUUUGUCAGUCAAUCCUCUUAUUUAGUUUGGGAUAGCUUGUUUCAACCAUUUUCAAUAAAUUUCAAUAUUUUAUGUGGACUAGGAUAAGCCCCUCUAAUCAUCAAGUUUUGUUAAUAUGCAAGUGUUGUCUCACGCAUACCUGAUGCAACUAAAAAAUGCUUCAUUAGUUGCACAGGUGUGCUCAAGUUGGAACACUUGAAAUACCUGAACUGGCUAGGGGUUUGUUGAAUGCCACGUUUGACUUCAUCUUUGUAAUAUGGCUAAGUCAAAAGAUUUGUUAAGAGAAGAUAAUCAUAAGAUCAUCGCUCUUCACAAACAAGGGAACAAGAUACAAAAAGAAAGCAAAGGCACUGAAUGUUCCUAGAGACACCUAUGGAGUUCAAAGUUGAAAUUACAGUGGUUACACUACCUGGAAAGGGCAGAAAAAGGAAGCUAUCUAAGGAUGCAGGAAGAUUUCCGAGAAGGCAGGUUGUGAAAAACCCUUGAGAGGCUGCAAAAGAACUGAAGCAAGACUGGUGGCAACAGGCACAGUAAGGCACAUACCAGUCUAGAACUCCAAGACGUACAUGGUUUUUGACCCAAAAGCACAAGAAAAGGUGGUUCCAAUAUACUCAAAUUCAUAUAAAUAAGCCACAUAAGUUGUGUGAUUCUUUUCUGUGGAGCAAUGAAACAAAACUGGACCGUUUCAGCCCAAUGGAUCAGCAGUAUGUCUGGAGGAAGAAGAAUGAAGCAUAUGCUGAAAAGAACACUCAGUUCUGGUACUGGAAACUUGCAGCAUGUGGAAGAUAAGAUGCAUUAAUUGAAGUAUCAGGAAAUCCUAGGAGAAAACAUCAUGCUGUCUGUGAGGAAGCUGAAGCACGAACGUUAUUGGAACUUCCAACAAGACAAUAUUCCCAAACCCAAACAUACCUCAAAUUCUAUUAAUGCUUGGUUGCAGAACAAGUCUUGUAAGAUUCUACAGUGGCCAACACAUUCACCUUACUUGACCCCAUAGAAAAUCUCUGGUGGGAUUUGCAGCACACAAACAUUAUAUAUUACGAACCGGAAGUCAUUGCUUAUGAGCAAUAAGCUAAGACUUUUUAGGAAUGCUGCCAAAAAGCUGGUGUCUGGCUAUGCAUCACAUGUACAGCAGGUCAUAACGGUAAAAGGGUGCUCUACUAAGUACUAAAGAUGCUUGCCAUGAAGGGGUUGAAUAAUUUUGGGACUGGAGAAGUCAUAAGUUGCAUUUUUUUGUUGCAUUUGGGGAAACCACUUGAAGCAUUUGUUGUGUUGAGCAAUUUCAAUUGAUUUUGCUUGAUUUGUUCAUUGCAAAGAGCUGAAGGUCUGAACAUUUUGACCUAAAAACUGAUUUUCCUUGGGGGUUGAAUAAUUUUGAUUACAACUGUAUUUCAAUUACUCUAGAAACAUAGUGCCUUAAGGGGUACAUGAUAACAUUAUAUAAAUAUGUUCAGGGUAAACACACACAGUUUUCUUGUGCCCUCGACUGUGCCAAUUACAAGCAGUUAUCAUCAAUUCAGAAUUGAGAAAAUUAAAUGGUUUUUAAAGUAACAAGCAGAUGUCUUGGGAUAUCUUCUUUUUAAAACACUCGCUUUUUUUAUUUUUCUUUGUUUUGAUUCAUCAGCAUCAAUGUGGAUGUGGAAGGUUGAUUGUGAUACAUUUGAAGUUUUGUGUUGUUGUUUUUUUUGCCUUGGACUAUGGCUCUGAGUGACAAUCUAACUUGAUGCCCUUAUUUUGUUUCAGGAAGGCGAGAUCCACCAGUGCUUGCAGUGCAAAGGGUCAGGAUGUGCCCCAUGCUCUUUGUGUCAUGGGAGCAAGUUUUCAAUGCUUGCAAACAGAUUCAAAGAGUCUUAUCGUGCUCUUCGGUGUCCUGCGUGUGACGAAAAAGGUCUGCAGCCAUGUCAGACUUGUGCCCACUAGCUAUGAGUUGAGUUCCCAUCAUAAAGGACCAUUAUGCACAUAUUAUCUGUAAUUCUAAAAUUGAUGUUAAUAAACAGAUGUCC